AUGCCAGGCCCAGCAGUCACUGCUGUCUACGUCGUCGGCGCCAUCGCUGUUGUAGCUAGUGUGGUCGCGUUUAAGGAGUUUGUGUACGAGCCUCACAUUGCUCCGAAACUAGAGGCAUGGGCAGAGUCGUUCGUUGACAAUCGCCGUCGUCAGCGAGCACGGCGACAAGGUCCCAUCUCUGCACAGCCGGUCCACGAGCACGGCGACGAGAACACAACCCGUCGAUCGACCAGAUCGCGCAACGAUGACAAUCGCCCUCAUCCACCGUUCGGGUCUGGAAGUGACAAGAAGCGUGGCGACGAUGACGAAGACGACGACAACAGCAUGUCCGUUGAGCUCGAGCAACUCGUUGCACGGGAGGGUAGUGCAUGGAGCGAAGAUGGUAGGCAGAACGGCCUUAGGCACCGCAAGACUGCGGGCACGAUGGAUGAGAGUAACGUAUUCAUUCCCUACCGGCCUAUGUCUCCUACCCAUGUCAUAUUCGACUCAUCAGUAACCUCCACUCCGACCUCGCCAUCAUCCAGCGGUUCGAGACUGCAGAGUCCCCGCGGUGCGACUACGCCGGUCCUACACGGUUCCUCCCCUAGAUCUCGGCUAUCGUCGGUCACAUCACGCAAUGCAGCUCACAUCCCGCCCACACCUGUCUCCAUCCGCUCAGCGGCCUCGUCACGCAUACAGUCGCCCAACAUGAUGGACGCUAUGUCUUCGCGAUCGUCAAGCCCGGACGCCCCGGCAAUGUAUAAUACCGCCCUCAUGGGAUCAAUCGGCAACUUGUCCGAACGGGCAAGUGCCAGCCCGCGCACCGAGCCGUUUGUCCCGACAUCUCGCGUCCAAUCUCCCUUGUCCGACUACCAUCUCGCAGCUCCAGUGCCGUCCUUACCGGCUUCCCGCAUCCAAUCUCCGUUUUCUGACAUUCACGCUGCUGUAGCACGCAGCCCAACGUUGAGCGCGCGGUCGGGCGUAAUGUCGCCCUUCACCCAUAUGUCGGAGCCGGAGUCCGACUUUGACCUGCCGUCGGACAGCGAGGACGACGUCAUGUCGUUGCGCUCUGGGAUGUUCAGUCCCAGUAUGUCAAGUCGUCAGGAGGAGCUCGCGUUCGACGUGAUGUCUGUGCACGGGAGUGAAGGCUCCAGCUGGGGAAGCGUCGGUCGUCGGACGCCCGACCUCUAG